AUGGGGAGGAAGCCUCCAAUGGACUCCCAACACGCCCUGCUCAACGAGGGAGAGGACGAUGAGAUGGAGGUCUUUGGCUACAAGACCGGGGGCUUCCGGAGGGCCCUGUGCCUGGCUGGCUACAUCCUGUCCUGCGGAGGCCUCCUGCUUCUCUUCCACUGGAAGCCCGAGUGGGACGUCUGGGCCAACUGCCAGCCCUGCAGCUUGGAAGAGGCCGACGUGGUGCUGCUCAGGAGCACGGACGAGAGGAAGAGGUUCACCCGGAAGCAGGUGGUCUCCCUCGACUUCCAGGCUCUCCUGGGCACCGAAAAGUCGGGGCUGAGCUUCAGCAGAGAAAUGCACUCGAUCGUCCGGAGGGCCACCAAGAGGCUGGACAUGAAAGGGAGGUAUAUCCAGGUACAAAAAAUGCGCUACCUCUGGGAUUUUGCUGAGAAACACUUUGCUCGCGUUGGGAGCUCCAUCUGUGGCCCCAAUGCCAUCGAGAUCGAAAUCCGCCCCGUCUGGAAGCUGCUCUUCAAAGAGAUCCUGAACCCCUUCUACGUCUUCCAAGCCUUCACCCUGACCCUCUGGUACACCCAAGGCUACGUCGAGUAUUCCUCGGCCAUCGUCCUCCUCUCCGUCAUCUCCAUCGGCCUCACCAUCUACGACCUCCGGCAGCAAUCCAUCAAGCUGCACAAUCUGGUGAAGGAGCACAACCAGGUGCAGGUCACCGUCUGGACGAAAGGAGAAGGCAGUUCCACCGUGGAGUCCCGUCACUUGGUCCCCGGGGACCUCCUCCUCCUGGAAGGCCAGCGGUUCUCCCUGCCCUGCGACGCCAUCCUGCUGGAGGGGAGCUGCGUGGUCAACGAGGGGCUGCUCACAGGCGAGAGCGUUCCCGUCUCCAAGACCCCCCUGCCUCACUCGGACAACACCCUGCCCUGGAAGGCGUACGGGAUGGGCGAUUAUCGGAGACACGUCCUCUUCUGUGGCACGGAGGUGAUCCAGACCAGGCGGGCAGGGCCUGGGCCGGUCCGGGCGGUUGUGCUGCAAACAGGCUUCAACACCGCCAAGGGGGACCUGGUGCGGUCCAUCCUGUACCCGAAGCCCCUGAACUUCCGGCUCUACCAGCAAGCCUUCCACUUCAUCCUGGGGCUGGCUGGGGUUGGCAUCCUGGGGAUGAUCUAUGCCAUCUGCGUGUACGUGACCCAGAAGCAACCGGCCUCGGACACGGUGGCCAUGGCGCUACUGCUGCUGACGGUGCCAGUGCCCCCCGUCAUCCCGGCGGCCCUGACCACCAGCAUCGUCUACGCCCAGCGGAGGCUGGCCAGGAAGAAGAUCUUCUGCAUCAGCCCCCAGAGGAUCAACCUCUGCGGCCAGAUCAACCUGGUCUGCUUCGACAAGACAGGCACCCUGACCGAGGACGGGCUGGACCUCUGGGGGGCCCUUCCUUGCCAAAGCCAGAGCUUCCAGAGCGUGCACAGCUUCUCGGGGGCCCCCUUGCCCUGGGGGCCCCUCUGCAGAGCCAUGGCGACGUGCCAUUCCCUUUUGCUGCUGGACGGGGAGAUCCAGGGGGACCCACUGGACCUGAAGAUGUUCGAGGGCACAAACUGGGAGAUGGAAGAGCACCGGCCGGACAAGAGCAGAGCCAGCCUCCCGGAGUCCUGCCUCCUGGUGAAACCGGGCCCUGGCGCCUCCCCAGCCCCCGUGGAAGGGAUCCUCAUCCUGCACCAGUUCCCCUUUUCCUCCUCCUUGCUGAGAAUGUCGGUCAUCACCCAGGAACUUGGGAAGGGCGGCCUGGAGCUCUGCAUGAAGGGAGCCCCCGAGACGGUGGCCGGCUUUUGCGAAGAGGCGACGGUUCCGAACAUCUUCCAAGCUGAGCUGAGACGCUUCACGGCCCAGGGCUUCCGCGUCAUCGGCCUGGCCCACAAGGAGCUCCAUCUUCCCCAAGGAGCCGCCUUCAGUGACCUGGAGAGGGAGGACCUGGAGUCCGGCCUGACCUUCCUGGGCCUGCUGGUCAUGGAGAACCGCCUGAAGAGCGAGACCCGGCCGGUCCUGCAGGAGCUCCGCCAGGCCCGCAUCCGGAGCGUGAUGGUCACAGGCGACAACCUCCAGACGGCCAUCACUGUGGCCAAGAGCUCUGGGAUGCUUCCCAGCACCAGCCAGGUGGUCCUGGUGGAUGCCCAGGAACUGGAGGAUUCCUGCCCAGCAUCUGUGACUUGGCAGCUGGUGGAGGAGGAGGAGGCACCCUUCAUCCCUGUUUCUCGGGACCCCCAUAUCCCCCUAGAGGAGCCCAGCGCACAAGAGGAGGGCGGCCACUUCCACUUUGUCUUGAGUGGGGCGUCUUACCAGGUGCUGGCCAAGCACUUCAGCAGCCUGCUGCCCAAGGUGCUUCUGAACGGGACCGUCUUUGCCCGGAUGUCUCCCUCGCAGAAGUCCAACCUCGUGGAAGAGUUCCAGAAACUCGAUUACUAUGUGGGCAUGUGUGGGGACGGAGCCAACGACUGUGGGGCCCUGAAAAUGGCCCACGCUGGGAUCUCCCUCUCGGAGCAGGAGGCCUCCGUGGCUUCCCCCUUCACCUCCCAAAUCCCCAACAUCGAGUGUGUGCCAGCCCUGAUCAGGGAGGGCCGGGCGUCUCUGGUGGCCUCUUUUGCGGUGUUUAAGUACCUGACGCUCUACGGCCUGGUCCAGUUCAUUGCUACGGUCCUGCUUUACUGGCAACUGCAGAUCCUGGGGAAUUACCAGUUCCUGAUCCAGGACAUUGGCAUCACCCUUGUGGUUUGCCUCACAAUGAACCUGACCCACGCCUACCCCAAGCUGGCCCCCUACCGGCCCCCCGGACGGCUGCUCUCCCCACCGCUGCUGCUCUCCGUCCUCUUCAACGUGGGCCUGAGCCUCCUGCUCCAGCUCUUCGCCUUCCUCUACGUGAAGCGGCAGGCUUGGUACUCGCAGCUGCGGGGCCACUGCGGGUGCCCUUUGGGGAACCAGACCACCUGCCCAGGCAACGGGACGGCCAAUGCCACAGCGCAGGGACACCCCGUCCUGAGCUACGAGGCCACCACUCUCUGGCCCCUGGUGACCCUCAGCUGCAUCGCUUUUGCCUUCAUCUUCUCCAAGGGGAGGCCCUUCCGGAAGCCCCUCUACACCAACUAUAUCUUCUCUGGCCUGCUGUGCCUCCAACUGGGGGUUUCCCUCUUCCUCUUCUUUGCCGACCUUGAGGGGGUCUACCAGAGGAUGGAGCUUCUCUGCACCCCGACCAUCUGGAGGGUCUACGUGCUGAUUAUGCUGCUGGUCUUCUUUCUGGUCUCCUCCUUGGUGGAGGACGGCGUCCUGCAGAACCGGCGCCUCUGGCUGCGGAUCAAGGCGCUCUGCGGCUUCCGCUCGUCCAGCCGGUACCGGGCGCUGCAGCGGCAGCUGGGAAGCGACGCCAUGUGGCCCCCGCUGCACGGGCGAGACUUGGCGGGCGACGACGGCAGAAGCAGCAGCCGGGCCUACCUCAACGCGGCCUUCGAGCGGGAGGAGCCCGCGGGCCGCCCGGGAAGCCGCAGCGGGACGGCGAGGGGCGGCUCUGCGCAGCCGGAGGGGAGCAGCAGCCGCCGCGAUUCUCCCGCCGAGGCCCGUCGCUGGCCCCGCCGCUCGGAAGGGACCUUUCCCCGCGGGGCUGCUGCGCCCUAG